GUUGAAAAUUCUUUGGUUGUUUCAUUUAAACUCCAGUUUGCUUUAAGUAAAUUAAUACUUGGCACUAAAUCGUUUUCGUCUAUUCAGCAUCAUGGUGAAUUAAUUUACUGCAUAUUUCUCUUCUGAUAAAUAAUGAAGAUAUAACAGUCAUAUAAUAAUGUCAGAAUCUUUAAAUCAGUUGGCGAAAUCUGGUGCUUUUCUGAUCCUUCAUGAAAAUCUGGAGCGUUGGGCAUCCUCGUAUAAGACAAACACAUGUGACGACAACGUGACUAUGGGUUGUGAGAUUAUUGAACUCAAUGCGAGGAUUCAAAAUCAGCUUUUUCGCCUUUUAAGCAUCUGUGCUUCCGAAGGUGGACCAUAUGGAGGUGCGAAUGCAAUCAAACUUCGACUUUUGCCACUUCUUGGAUCUGGAACUGCAUUCUCCAAUUUUACCGUUGGAACACAAGUAUCAAAUCCUGAUCUAUUUUCACCCAAGACACAUGAAUUAGAACUCUCAAAAUAUCCCAGACAAGAUAAAUAUGAAUUUGAUUUAGCGGAAACACGUAAAGAAAACAUUCGACUGCGAAAUCAAAUACUUUCAUUAGAAGGUGAAAAUGAACGUCUCAAAACCCAUAUGUAUUGUCCUGUUAAGAAUGAAUACGAUUUUAGUAAGAAUAAUUCUGGAUCCCUGAAAAAUAUUCCAAAUUUAUCAAAAAUGUAUGGAGAAACAAAUCUUGAACCGUUGUCAUUGUCAGCUCCCUCAGAUUUAACACCUUCUGGGCUCACUGGAGUUAGCCCAUUAAGUCCCAAUGAUCCGAUCCAACGAUAUAGACAGCAUAUCUUGGUGAUGCGUUUUAAUGAAUUAUUCUCACUGCAUCGAGUUGAAGCAAUGGGGAUUUUAAGGCGUUACAUAGAUGAUUAUGAAGCAAAUCAGAAAAUCAUAUUCUAUGCUGUUCUGGAUUCAUUUCAUGUUGCCAAAUCACAUUUUCGAACGUAUAAAAAUCGUGUACGUAAACAAAUUGCAGCGAAUAAUGUAAUCACAACAGAAACACUAGAUGAAUUAGUCCAAUCGUACAUUAAUAUUCAUGCUAGUCAUUCAGCAGACAUAUCAUUACUUGUUAAAGAUGUAUGUUUAGCCUUGGAACGUCGUGUACCACGUAUAUGUCGACCUUCACAAAAUCUUGGUUUUGAAGUAAUUAAAGAUUUUCUUUAUGAAACAUGUAAGCUUGCCUGGGAAUGUGCUGCUUUGUGCAAUCCACUUGAAAUUUGUAGACCGAAUUGUGAAAAUGAAUUGAUUGAUGAAGCGAAAUAUAGACGUAGUCAUGAUUCAUUUUAUCCAGCAUCACUAAUUCAUCACUAUAUAUGGCCGUGUUUAAUGCAAAACGAGCGUAUUGUUUCUAAAGGAGAAGUGUGUACCAGAGGAAAUUUAAAUUCAUACGGUUUCGAAAUUAUGUCUUCAGGUAGUCGAAGGGGAUUAGAUCGCUACCGUAGUCAAAUAUCUUCACGUUCAUGUUCGCCAGUAAGACCAUCUACUUCUCCUGGUACAAGGAAGCGUCUGAAUUUCAAAAGGUCGAGAAAUUUGAAGAUCAGUUAACUUUUUCGUUUCUGAUCAAACUAGAAGAAUUGUCUAGAUCUUCUAAUUGUAAUAAACGACUGAGUAACAUUUAGUUAAACAUUUCCUCACUCCGGUUUGUUUAUUACUCUUUCUUAAGCUUUGCAUUUAGACUGAACAAAAAACUGUAAUCUUUUCUCCAGUUGAUAUA